AUGCAUCUCCUCGGCUCUUACUCUAUUGCCUUAAUGGGCUUCUUCUCAGUUGCUUUUGCUGCAACCCAUCCCCGAGACUUCUCUCACACAACGCGUAGCGUCUUGACAAAGAACGACAAAUGUUACAUCAACUCAAACAUCUGUGCCGAGGUCAUGAUCGGAGAUAAGGCCAACCAACAGCUAGGCUAUGAUGGGUGCCAGAGGAUCCUGAACCCAGACAAGGUCACUGGUAUCAAAAUGUUGAACUGCGAGUGCAACUUGUACUAUUCUGUCGACUCUGGAUCCUGUAACAGCGGCGUCGAUGAGACUAUCGAUAGGCUUGGACGCUGUGACAUUGUCACGGGGAAAGAACGCCGUUGGAAGAAGCAGCCUAAUUUCUGGAGCUGCCACAACCCUCCCGCUUGA